UUUAGAGAAAUAUAUUUGUUGGUAAAUGAAAAAUCUCGUGAAAAAGACAAAGAAACUGUAAUUACAGUUGUGCAACAUGAAUUAUCGCAUCAGUGGUUUGGUAAUCUCGUAACAUGUUCUUGGUGGAGUUAUUUAUGGCUAAAUGAGGCUUUUGCUACAUUAUUCGAAUAUUUUGCUGUUCAAGCGGCAGAACCAAACUGGCGUAUAGGAGAUAUGUUUGUCAUUGAACAACAUCAGACUGCUUUAGCCUAUGAUCAUAGACCAAAACAUCCAUUGACAGCUUCGGUUAAUACACCAAAAGAAAUUAUUGAAAUUUUUGAUACUAUUACAUAUAGCAAAGGAGCGUCAAUACUAAGAAUGUUAAAACAUUCAUUGGAUGAUGAUAUAUUUAGAUCAUCUUUAUCGUUGUACUUAAAUAAUAAUAAGUUUACAAGUGUAGAACCAAAACAUUUAUGGAAUUCAUUCGAUAACGUAAUAUUUGAAGCUAGUUAUAAAUCAGGAUUAUUAGGAGAUAAAGUAACAAUUGAAGACUAUAUGAACUCAUGGACCAAUCAAGCUGGAUAUCCAGUUAUCUAUGUUGAAACGAUUAAUGACAAUCUAGUUAUAACCCAAAAACGGUUUCAAGUCGACUUUCCUAGAGUAGAUGAUAACACUUUGUGGUAUAUUGGUUUAUCUUAUACUACUGAAAAAAACAAACAAUUUCACUUUCUUCAACCAACCGUUUGGAUGAAAAAUACAGAAAACAAAAUAACAAUACCACGUUCAGAAAAUUCAGGAUGGGUGAUAUUUAAUCUUCAAUCGUCGGGUUUUUAUAGAGUUAAUUAUGACACAAAGAACUGGGAUUUAAUUAUCGCCCAGAUGAAAAAUGACCCAAAAGAAAUACAUGUCCUUAACAGAGCUCAACUCGUUGAUGACGCGUUCAAUUUAGCGAGAGCUGGUGAAUUGUCAUACUCUGUGCCACUUACUUUAGUAUCAUAUUUAGUCAAAGAAGAUGAUUUCAUUCCGAUGUAUUCAGUGAUGAAUAGCAUGUCAUACCUUGUAAAACGGUUUAGACGUUGUCCAACCACAGGACGUCAAAUAAAGGAAUUAGUAAAAAAAUAUGCGGAAAUAGCUUAUGAAAAAGUGAAAUACUUAUAUGAAAUAAAUGAUGGUAAACACUUAACAAAAACAAGUAUGAACGCAAUUUCUAAUUGGGCAUGCAAAUUAGAAGUUGAAUCGUGUGUUAAAUCAGCUUCAAACUAUUUCAAUGCGUGGCAGGAAAAUAGUACAAAAAUACCAUCAGAUGUAAAAGAUGCGGCAUUCUGUAUUGGUGUCAAAAAUGGAACUCAAGACACAUGGAACACUGUAUUUCAGUUAUACUUGAAAACAUCAUCAACUUCAGAAAAACGAUCUGCAUUGCUAGCACUAGCUUGCAGUACAGAUAGCAAAAUACUGUCCAACUAUUUAAGUCUUCUAUUAAAUGAUGAUUGUCCAAUACGUACACAAGAUUUCUUAACAGUAUUUGCCACACUAGUAUCAACACCAACUGGAAUUAAUGUAACAACAGAAUUUUUACAAAACAAUAUCAAUAAAUCCAUCGUUAAAAUGUGGAAAGGUGAAGAAAUGAUUGCAGACAUGUUUGACAUGUUAGCUUCCGCUGUUGCAACCAAUGUAGAAAUUGAUGAGCUUAAGGCGAUCAAAAACCUUGAUUAUUUAUCACCAGCAUUAAAAACUGCAUUUAAUGAAUCAUACAAAGAAGUUGAACUUAAUUCUAACUAUUUCGAAAGGAGUCAUCCACUAUUGCACAAAUGGUUCAAUCCAAAUGAAGACAGAUCGGCCCAAUCCAGUGCUAUUUCAAAUUUAUACUUGCCUUUUAAUUUUAUUAUUCUUUCUUUGUUUUCAAUAGUAAUACUAUUGAAAAACAAUAUACAUUAUACUGUUUACUUAUAAUAAAUAAAUAAAGUUAAUAAAAUAAAAACUAUCAA